CGGGUCGGUCGGUGAGUCCCUGAACUGCUUUCACAAUCAACACCAACACCAUCAUCACUACCACCAAGCCGACAGUGAGAACAGUGCUGUGUGGUGCAGUGACCAAGGGUAUUUGCUGUGAGGUGUGACAGUGAGGGGGCCCGAAGCAGUGAGGAGAAUGAGGGUGGCGGUGAUAUUGCCGCUGGUGUUAGUGGUAAUCCUCCUACACGCAGAGACAACAGAGGGAGAUGUGAAGGUGGACUCUGGAAGCUGUCAGGAGCCUGGUUCUCACACGACUGACAGCUGCCGUGACGGAGAUGACGGAGGCGAGGUAUCGGACGAAAGGAAACAGGAGACAGGAGACAGAAAAGGAGAGGAAGUGAGAAAGAGAAGAGAUGGCAAAGUAGGAAAAGAGAACAAUGUUGAUGACUACGAGAGAGACGAUUGGAAGGUGGAGAAACAUCACGGUAAAUAUAGGAAGAAGCACUGGGAAGAGAGUGAACUUAAUACACAGAGGAAGAAAUACGAACACAGGGAUAAUGAUGAUGAUGAUGAUGAUGAUGAUGAUGAUGAUGAUGAUGAUGAUGAUGAUGAUGAUGGAAAAAGGAAAAAAUACAAGGGAAAAUAUCACAAAGAAUGGAAAGGAAAAAAGAAGGAGAGUCCGGGUCAUAAUUCACAAGGAAAGAAAAACAAGGAAAAGAAAGGAAAUAAACAAGAGGGAGGAAAGAGAUAUAAGAGCAUAGGUAAGCGAGGAAAGAAUGAUAAAGACGAGAGAGAAGUACGUGAUAAACACAAGAUAGAGGAAGGAAAAGAGAAUAAGGGUAGAUCCGAGGAGAAACAGCACGAAAGAGACAAGACACACUACAAGGAAGAUAAUAAGAAGAAAUAUGAAGAAAAACACAAUAAAGAUUACAAGAAGAAUAAUAGUGAAGAUAAUAACAACAACAAACAUCAGAAAGACGAAAAGAAGAAGACAAAUGAAAAUAAUAAAAGAGACAAAGAAAAUAAUAAGAACAAGAAGAAUAAAGUAGAAUAUGAGCAUAAUGAAAAACACCAGAAAGACAAGAGGAAUGAGAAGGACCAUAAAAACAGCGACAAACACCAAAAAGAAGACAUAGAGAAGAACAAAAUUUAUGAAAAGAAACGAAAAGAAGAACAGCUUGGGAAAGAUCUUGACCAUAAUAAAAAAAAUAAGAGGGAAGAAGGAAAGGAAAAUAAAUAUAACAAAGUACAAAACGGCAAAAUAACAAAAGAAUCAAAGAAGAACAAGCACGUCAAAGAAAACGAAGGUAUAAAAUUCACAGAGAAUGGAUCAGACGGCAUUGAAGGGGUGACUGAGGAGAACAAGGGAGGUGACUCAAAUGGCCCCACAGCCGGAGAAAGUGAAAUGGAAGUGGAUAAAGAAAUCCGUGGUAAAAGGAAGAGUGAAGAGGAGAAGAGUUCAAGUGAUGAGGUAGUGAGUAGAGAGGCGGAGGGCGGUGAGAAUGAAGAACUUCUUGCCUCAGGAAUACAGGAUGAGAAAGGAAGUUCUUCAGAUCCUGCAGAUGAUGUUAACGACCCCCAAGCCGCUGCCAUGGAGAGUAAAGACACAUGUGGAGAUCCUAGCGAAGGAAUAGUUCGUGAUUAUGACUUUAUAGGGACUGGAGGCCUUGUGAAGCGUAAUAACAAAGUCAUCAUCGGUGAAGCAGAGUUUAUCGACCUUGAAGUUGACUACUCAGAGCGGCUGGAGGACGGCGAGUUAGAUGGGAGAGAGUCAGGAGGCCAGGCUGGGGAAGAAGUAACGGAGCCAGACGGUGUUACCUAUGGGUCAGAGGUUCCUGGAGGUGAAGGAGACCAUCAAGAAACAGGAGGUGAAGAUGUAAAUAAAGAAGCAGAAGGGAAUAUAAAUGACGGAGAAAUCCAGCAAAAUACCGAAGGAGAAGCCAAGUCUGACUCUGAAGAAGGACAGACAAGUGAGGAACGAGAACAAGAUAAAGUGGAGGACAAAGUGGAAGCCCCAGAAGGACAGGAGGGCGCUGACAAUGGAAACUCUCUGACACAGGAAACAUCUGAGACCAAAUAGACCACAGGCUGGAUGUUCUGAGUUUCGUACAAUAGAAUAUGUCCUAGAAAUUAGAGACGUGACCACACACUUGAUUGCCUCACCUGAACGACUUACCGUAAAGCCACCGGGCUAAAUGAAGUCAACAUUCCGCACGUCUCUACACCAUAACAAGGUCGAUUGUUUUUACCUUCGGUUACUAGAAAAAAAAAUAGCGUACAAAAGUUUGAAAAUCUGACCCUGGGAGGUUCUGUUGAUGGUGCAGUGAAGGAGGACGUACAGGGAGGCGAUCUAUUACGAGGGUUAACUAUAAUGAUGUUGACUCAGCUGAUAAAUAGACAGGUAUAUGAAGAAUAUCUAAGCAGAUGGAAGGACCCAAAGUCGAAGAUUUACACAAGUGAAAAGUUCCAAAGUCAGAGUCCUGAUUCUCAAAUAUCCUUAUGAUAAAUAUUCAUCAUAACUUGAAGACUUAAUACUCACCUAACUAGUGAUUUAAGGAAAGGUUUUAAAGGGUAAACUCUGUCAUAUCUUUAAAGGCCGCGUGAGGCGAGUGUGUGUGUGUAACAGCGAUGCUUCAGAAACCAGAAUGAGGGAGGACAGGAGAAAGUUUUAGUGACACCAGUGUGAAAGUUACUUGUGGUGAGGGAAGAUGUAACUCCCUAUAUUAAUUUCAGUUUGUUGAUAAUUUUUGUAUUAAUAAGUUUACUGAAUUUAACGACUAAUAUAUUGGUUUAGGAGUUAAGGAAGAAUCUUUGUUGUAUGUGAUAGUUUAGCUUCUCUUCCUUGCAACACUUAACCUAACGCAGUACUGCCUCUCCCUGCAACACUUACUCUUAUACAACACUGUGUGUCUCUAAGUCCCUUCUACUCGAGUUAUUAUUUUGUGAUGAAAACAUUAUUUAUUAAUUGUCAUAAAAAUAUUAGGAUAUAAUUGAUAAUCCUGAGUGCAUUAUUUAGUUUAUACAUGCGGGUGCAGGUUCCACACCCACACACACACCCACACACACACCCACACACACACACACUCACACACACACACACACACCC